CCCAGCUGCCCGGGACUAUUGAUCUCUCAGCUUGCAUCCAGCGACGACCUACAUUACUACCUUCCUGUGAGAAAUCUUUGCAUAGCCAUUAAAUCACCUCGAGAUCAUCUAGCAACAACCUCCCGUCAGAAGUCUUUAAACCACCGCAAGAUCUAGCAACAACCUUCCUUUGAAGGAGUCUUUAUAUUGCAGUUAAAUCACCGGAAGGUCCUGCUGUGUUGUAAGACUGCGAAGUUUCUCUAGGGUCGUCAAGAAUAUUUUUUUCUCAGUAUUCGGUGAUGGCGUCGCUACCCGUGUCUGCUGGUGCCCGUGAGGCCGCCAUGUCUGAGGAACUGACCAGGUUCUGGUGGAGUGUGGGCAGGAAACUUGAGAGAGGUUCAUCCCAUGGUGGUCUGACUCCAAACCUGCCACAAUUACACACCUGGGACAACUUUCUCCAACAACAACCUAAGGAUGGCUUAAGAGAGUUAGAGGAGGCCGGGGAGGUGAGCAGGCUAGAAGCAGCAGCUGUGCACCAUCAUUCUACCACGCUUGAGGGUUGUGAUAUUAGGUGGCAAGGUGUAAGUGUGGUGGAUGGGGGCCUGGUGCAGGAUGUGCCAGCAAGGUAUACUGUUAGAGGUGUGCAGGCACACGAGAGACCUGUGAUCGGCACCUAUGUUGACCCAGCCAUUACUCCUGGCUUCUGCUACCAAGUUCGACAUGCAGAUUCGACCAAGCUGCUCUUCAAGGGGCGUAACUUGAGGCUACUAUCAGUGGGAAUGGGCUAUGGCAAGAGGAUCACCUUUGCCAGUGAUUCCCACAACAUAAACAACAAUUACUUCUGGUCAGACACUCACCCUGAAGGAUAUGGGUUUGCCCUGUGCCUUGUCCAGCAGGGUGACAAGUUUACUCUGAGGGAUGCUAAUAACUUGCCAGUAGCUACGGCAGAAGUCCUCAAACUUAGGGGACCCCAAGUGGAGGUUUCUCAUCGCAUCCUUCAGAAUGGUGAAAUUAAAAAGCAAGCAAAGGUGUCGCUACAAUGCAAGGUUUUCUUUGGUGAAAAUAACAAGGAAAAGGUGUUGGUGGUAAAGGGUGUGGCUGUGGCCAUCAAGGCCAAAGGCUCCAGAGCUGGGGCUGUCCUGAGUGAAGUUAAGGAAUGCAGUGUGGGUGGAGAACGAGGAUAUACCCUAGUGGCUGGAGCAGAUACAUCAUCCAUUAUUUCAGUCGUCAGCGGAGAAAAAAUUGGCGAUAUCCCAACAAAAUACUGCGUUAAAGGUCUUCUCCCACAUGAGAUGCCUGUGGUUGGAACCUAUGUGGAUCCACGUAUUCUCACAGGAUUCAAAUAUCGUGUACGUGCAGCAGAUUCAAGAAGACCUUUGUUUAAUGGUGCUGCUCUUGUUCUGCAAGCUAUAGGCCGUGGAUAUGGUAAACGACUAACAUUUGCCAGCAAUGAUUUAAAUAACAACAAUAACUACUUCUGGAGUGACUCUAACCCUGAAGGUUAUGGCUUUUCCAUUCAAGCUGUCAGUCCUGGAGAUGGCUUCAGAAUCAUGAGUUCCUCUGGAAAGGAGCUAGGACAUGCACAGGUGUUCCGAGCAGAUGCACCUCAGCUGGAGGAGAGCAGCAGUGUGUCUCCAGAAGGUGUGGUAACCAAGCGAGUGCGAGUCACUGUUACUUGCGAUACUACAUUCCACGGCGAGGAGGACCAUACUUUAAUUGUUACUGGAACGGCUGUGGUUGUACGUCGCGGACGUGUGGCAGUUGUGCAAAGAAUAGAAGAUGUUGCACUUGGUUCUCAGAUUAAUGUUAUCUUCAGACACGCCAGCGAGACAAUAUUAUUUAUUCGGAAGUAAAUUCCCCACAUUGAUUAUAUACUCGGUUCAUAUAAAAACUUACACAGUAUAUACGUAUAUGUAAUAUAUGCUGUAAUAUGAAAAUAUAUAACGGUUAGGAGUAACACUGAAUUCUCUGAUAAACAGAGCUUGAUUAAAGAGCCAAGCUACACUACCAGGCUUCAUGGCUAUCACCCCUUGAUACGGGACAUGGCUUCAAUUCUUAUAAAUUAACAGUGCACUUUGCUGAAGCUUCAGAAAUUCAGAUUUAUUAGCAAGUUCAUGUACUCGGAUAAUUAAAUACAAACACUAGCAGCCUCUCCAUAAUGAACUACCUAAAUAAAUAUAAGUUAUUUAUUUUGUUAUAGAAUAUUUUGUGCUAUAAAUAAAUAUAACAUUUUUA